AUGGACAGAUAUGUGCAGUCUCCUCGCUGUGAAGUGUCUGACUCCCUACCUCCCCAUUCUGCUUCCAUUUCCAGGCCAAAUCUGAAAUUGACGCCUGCGGAAUUAACUCUCUCCAACAGUCCUCCGAGUCCCGAAGCCAUGUCUGAUUCGCCCACUGAAUUGCCCUCCACCGAAACCGAUGACUCUCCCUCCACUUUCCACAACCUCUAUCAACGCACCUCAAUGCUGGCAUCACCGUUCCCCUCCAAGCUUCAAAUUCGCUCCAUGGACGAUGACGAGGACUUGGCUGUCAUCGAUCAGGUGAAUCGACGUUUGGCAUUGGGCCAACUGGAGCCCUCACUGCCUUGGAUGCCGGUUCCACCGGGAGCUGGAUUGAUGGGCUAUCCACCACCAACGACAGAGCAGUACUCAGAAUCCUUUGCCGAAGCCGUCUUCCACCAUCAACAGCAGGAGAUGAUGUCCUCAAUGAUGAUGUCAGCAGCAACUUCACUGCAAGGUGGACAGUGCUUCUUUCCCAUGGAAACCGCCCUUCCAAUGUCAGGUGGUGGUGAGGCAGUGCAGUUUGGUCUGGUGAGUUGA